AUGUCUUUCCCGGAGCCGUUCGCAAUGCAGGAAAUCUCGUCGCCGUCGAAAAUGCCCGCAUAUCAAGAUAUGCACCUGAUCAAAAGCCUAUACACCUUCCGCGGCGUGACCUGUGGAGUGAAUUUAAAUCUUGACAAUUCGUGGCUCUCGGAAUCGUCUAUUUGCGAUCCUUUCAGCGGCACAGUAACUGACACCUAUUGUUCCAAGCAGAUCCACUCCAAGAAGUCGCGCAAGAUUCGCACUUCGACGACGUUCCACCGUCCCAAGACCCUUCAGCUCUCCCGGUCGCCGAAGUACCCCCGCAAAUCUAUUCCUCAUGAGCCUCGCCUCGACGCCCACAAGAUCAUCAUCCACCCCCUGAACACCGAGAGUGCCAUGAAGAAAAUUGAGGAGAACAACACCCUUGUCUUCAUUGUGGAUGUGAAGGCAAACAAGCGGCAGAUCAAGGCGGCUCUGAAGAAGUUGUACGAUGUUGACACUGUCAAGGUCAACACGCUCAUCAGACCCGAUGGUAAGAAGAAGGCUUUCUGUCGGCUAACUCCUGAUGUGGAUGCUCUGGAUAUUGCGGCCACCAAGCUGGCUAUUGUCUAA